CUGCAGAGGCGACUCAGCCACGGCGGCCACCAGCCCAAGGAAUUACAUCUAUCCUAGCUUCAUAAUGAGUUGUUUACUGGCCUUGGCUGCCUGUGGGAAGAGCCAAAGAGAGCUGAGGAAGAGGAGAGACAAACACAAUGUGGGCGAGACGCGUUAGGGGAGAGGCUGGGCUUCAGCAGCAGCCCCGGCAUUUCAACCCUAUGGAAGCAGUGAGGGCUGAAAAGGGAAUAAAAUGAACCAUCCACCGCCUUGCUGCUGCUGCCAGAAGAGCCUCGUCCCUACCUGAAGGGCUGAUAUCGAAGGAUGAACAGAUCCAUGAGGGAGAUGCGGUAGGAAGGAGUCCAGCCACCUCCCUGGAAUGUGUUGCUUCGGGAAGGGAUGAGCUCCCUGCCUUAUUUUAUGGAUGUCACUGAAGUAGACUUUGAAGGCCUUUGGAAGCCCAUCCCAAACUUGGCAUGGGAAACCACAGCAACAACCAUACCUGCCUGACAGAUGAUUCCUUCAAGUACAACCUAUACGGAGCUGUGUACAGCGUGGUCUUCAUCCUUGGCUUGAUCACAAACUGUGCCUCCCUCUUCGUUUUCCUCUUCCGGAUGACGAUGCGGAGUGAGACAGCCAUUUUUAUGACCAAUCUGGCGUUUUCAGACUUGCUUUUUGUGUUCACUUUGCCCUUUAAGAUUUUUUACAACUUCAACAGGCACUGGCCCUUUGGGGAUACCCUGUGCAAGAUCUCGGGCACGGCGUUCCUCACCAACAUCUACGGGAGCAUGUUGUUCCUCACCUGCAUCAGCGUGGAUCGCUUCCUGGCUAUCAUGUAUCCCUUCAGCUCCCGCACCAUCCGCACCAGGAGGAAUUCUGCCAUCGUCUGUGCUGGUGUUUGGAUCCUGGUCCUCAGCGGUGGAAUUUCGGCCUCGCUGUUCUCCACAACCAACGUGUCCAACACCAGCACAACCUGUUUUGAAGGGUUCUCCAAAAGGAUCUGGAAAACCUACCUGUCCAAGAUCACUAUAUUUAUUGAGGUGGUGGGAUUCAUCAUCCCUCUGCUGCUCAACCUCGCAUGCUCCUCGCUGGUUCUCCGGACUUUACGGAAGCCGGCUACCCUGUCCCAGAUUGGAACAAACAAGGAGAAAGUGCUGAAGAUGAUCAUCAUGCAUGUGGCCAUUUUCAUCGUAUGCUUUGUCCCCUACAACUCCAUCCUGUUCCUAUAUGCACUCGUGCGCUCCCAGGCCAUUGCGAACUGCUCUCUGGAGAGGUUUGCCAGGACUAUGUAUCCCAUCACGUUGUGCAUUGCGACCCUCAACUGCUGCUUUGACCCCUUCAUCUACUACUUCACCUCUGAGUCCUUCCAGAAGUCCUUCAACAUCAAAGCCCAGGUCAAAAUGGAUUCUCUUUUCAAGACAGAGAUGCCGCUCACAAAGACGGCGCUGCCGGCGCUGCAGGAUGAGAUCAGCGACCAGGCCAUCACCAAUGGAGGAGAUCCCACAUCUGAAUCCCAUUUCUAGGGAGAUGUUUACACAGGGAGUUAUCCCCCAUUAACUCUUGAUUAACACCAUGUGGCAAAGAGCAGUUCCAGAAAAUGGGGGUUCACACAUGGGGUUAAUGAAGAAAAGCUGCUGGGGGAUGACAGAUCCUCACACUGGGAUGGUCCCAUCACAUUCCACAGGUGAACACGAAGUAUGAAAAUCCCAAUGGAUCUCCCUUUGCAGAUUAUGGAUAGGCUACAACACAUGCAUCAACUCAGGAGGGAACAGAACAGCGUCUUUAACCAGAAGAUGCCAACAUUUGGCAUUUUUCCCCCUCAGCAGUUGACAUGGGACCAGUCGGGAAAUAGAAAACUUCAUUUUCUUAGAGAUUCCUGCAAAUAUUUCUGCCUUCUGGAGGUGCAUCCUCAUCCUCAUAUGUUAACUCAGUAACUUCCCACAAUAUGUGUGUUUGCUUACAAAGGCAUAAUAAAGCUUGUGGCUUUUCCUUACUCCACUGCCAGAGUGUAUAGCCUGGUUAUCCUAGAGACUGGAAUUUAUGGAGAGGUUUGAAAAGUAAAUAAUUGUUUAGCAAUUAGGCAAAAGAGUUGCUUGGUGACAGAAAAGAUUUUAAGAAAAAUAGAUAAUUAUUUCUACAGUUUUGAAAUAUGAAGUUUCAUUUUUAUCGGAUUAAGCUGUCAGUUAAUUUAUUUGAUUAUUUUUAAUGCCACAUCUGGGGAGGAGUAAAGAGCUCAUUAAUGAUCUGUUGCACCUGGUCUUUUAUAUCCCAGGGGAUUAUGUGACUAUUUCUGGGAAGGGCUGGACUGUAAAGUCAGCUGGAGAAGGGCCUGAAACCCCAGAGUUCUUCCAAGGGCAAAGCUCCCAUACGGAAGCUGAGGCAGCUGAAGGCCCAGGAGUGCUGAUCCCACUGAAAUAUGGACAAAUGGUGUCUGAGCACCCAAUUAAGGGAUGAUCUGUGAUUGCUUAAUGGGUUUUUAGGGCCUCAAAGUAACUAAAAAACCAAUUUGUUGCACUCUUUUCUUAGCUGGUUACAGCAAUAUUGUCUUGUUUUCCAAUUAAUUUAUUACCUUUCUUUUUAUAGAUCACAGAAAUAUAUGGAAAAUUAAUUAUUUGUAUGUGUUGCAUUUUACUCCCUGUUUCCUUUCUCCAGCUCUUGGCUCAUGUUUGAAGCUCUACAGCCCUUCCCCGGCUGGUUCAUUCUUAAGUGUGAGACACAGAAAUGAGGAGAACAAUUUAAUUUGAAAAAAUAUAAAGUUACACCUUUACAGCAAUCUACAUUACCGUGGUAAAGGUACUUCUAGGACUAUACUGCCAAAAAAAAAGAGACAAAUUAUUAAUUGAACAGAUGAUUUCCACUCAACUCAAUUUUAAGUCUCUCUGAUGAAGCCUCAUGGGAUAUGAGAGCAACACCUCAAAUGUGAUAAUUUAAAGCAACAGAGGUUUAAAUGUGAGAAGAAUUCAGCUGUAAAAUGUUAAUGCUUCCAAGAGAAUAUUUAUUUAGCACUGCAUUCACUUUGAAUAAAGAAAUCAGUGGCUAACCAAGGUUGAGAAACCCCAAAAAUUAUUCUAUUUCAGCCCUAAAAUAUCACUUAUUGGAGAAAAGCAUAUGAUCAACACAUUAUACACAGAGAGCAUGAAAGCAGCCAAAAUAUUCUAUUUCAGCUCUGAGUUACAGCAAUCUUUACUGGAAGCUUGCACACAGGACUGGCCUGGGAGGCUGUUCUGGAGAUUAAACCCUCAGACAACUGCACUUUGGAGCAGAAAAAUGUGAAAAUAGGGAGAGAUCAUUGGAAAAAGUUGGUGGAAUGAGGUCGAUGUAGGACAAGGGACAGGCACUGACAGGGAAUUUGUCAGCAGCUGGGAAAGUUUUACCUCCAGCCCAAGGAAUGAGCUGGGCUUUAGGAAGGAGCAAUAUUUGCCAUUUAACCAGAGGCAGUGUCAGGCAGUGCUCUGUCUCUUCUCCUGCCUGUGUCCCUUUCCUGCUGGACCCAAACUCUUCACAGAGAAUUUUAAAUUCCAUUUUUCCUUUGGCUGAUCAGCCCAUCUCAAGCCUUGCCAUGAAAUGUGUGUAUUUCAGAGUUGUUACCGCAAUUUCAGAUCAAAAGGCAAAGUGAGGGAUUUGUCAGGCUUCCCUACAGGCAGAGUUCUCCCCAUGGAUCAAAUCCUUCAUCCCAUGGCAAAGAGGACGGUUGGGGAACCAUCUACGGCUCUGACACUCACCAAACUGAGAAAUGGGGCAUCCCAUCCCAAAACCCUGCCAGGAACUGGACUUAAUGAGACACAAGCUGCAUUUUUAUGGAUGAGAGAGGGAAGGAAAAAGGGCAGGAAGAAUUCACUAACAAGCUUCAUGUCUAGGGGUGGGAGAGAGAAGGAACAAGACUGAGAAGGAUUCACCAAAAAACUGAGGGUGCAUUUAGAAACAGAAUAUCCCAAGCUGGAAGUGACCCACAAGGAUCAUGGAAGUCCAACUCCUGGCCCUGCACAGGACAGCCCCAAGAAUCCCCACUCUGUGCCUAAAAACACAUCUUCCUAUUUGCAAGAAAAAUAUUUGGAACAUAAGAAAAUGCUCUUCUCUGAGGCAAACCCUUGAUUAAUUCAGAUUUACAGAGAUGAGAAACCUGUUUACACUUGGCUUGUUCUCAGGGGGCAACAUCCAAUUGCCUGAAGCAUGGAUGGCAAGGACAAAACACCUUUCAACUGAUUUAGUUAGAAGGGGAUGUUUAUUUCAGUGCUGGGCUCACGCGGGAUCGCUCCCAGAGGCAUGAGCGACCCUCUACAGCUUCAGCCUUCUAUUUAUUCACAAAAGUCAUGCAUAUUCCAAAACGCCUAUACAUAUUCAUCACCUGUCUCCGCCCAUUCCCCGCUUGGUAUUAAAAUUAGUUGCAUACUCAUUGCAGCUUUGCAGCCCUCCUCCUUGUUGGGUCAGUGGUCAUUAAAAUGGGUUGGAAGGUGAUGGGAGGAAGUCAGGAAUGUCUUCCUCACUUAUUAAACUUUUCACCUCUGUCCUGUUGCUAUGACUACUUGACCUGCUGAUCUCUUCAUUCUGGUCUUUAUUAGUUUCAGUGUCAAAAUUUAUGCUGUAUGGGUCUCUCUUGGCUGGCUCUGAGCGUUAUCCAAUGUAUAUCGAUUUCGCUUAAAUGUUUCCAUAUGUGCAUUGGCCCCACUUUGGCUGACUGAAUCUUAUCAUAUGUAAACCAUUAAUCUUGGUCAACUUCUAAUUCUUCUACUACAUUCCUAACUCCUAGCUUCUAAGCCCGUAGUUUGUCUAUUUCUUUAAGCUUAACAGAAUACCAUGGUUCAACCCCCCUUUUUCUAUAGGGUUAGUAAAUUCUUUUACUAAUGCACAGGUUCUUUGUCGCCAUACCAGGUCAAAGUAUCUCUUAAGGUUGUACCAUAUGCUUUUGAUAAUGAACUUAGAAUUGCGACUCAUCGUAAUAUUCUCCAGUUCCACACAAACAUUACAACAGACAAAAUCAAACUUUUGCUAACCAAAAUCAAUAAAACAAUAAUUGGAUGAACUAAUGCAUUGAGGAUUCCAGUCGCUUUUGGUGACCAUCCAAAAAGUGCAUCCCACCAGCGAUGAGAUGUGUCUGUUUCCAAUCUUUUAAAGAUUCUUUGUAUGGUUU